AUGGCCAAGGAUAAAAAGAAAAAUAACGAAUCGAAAAAGGCGAAAAAGGCCGAGAAGGCAGCCAAGCAGGCCAGCAAGGGUGAGAAAAAGGUCAAGAACAAGACUGCCAAGCUGGAAGGUAGCGAUGCCGAGGAUGUCGACUUGGAUGAGGUGCUCGAAGAGUAUCGCCGCCAGCAGGAGCAGUUUCUGAAGAUCACCGAGACGGUUGUCGAAGGGCCUCCGAAGCCUCGAGCGGCAUCAACCAUCAUGGCCUCCCCUCAUGAGAGCAACAGCCUGCUCUUGUUUGGAGGAGAGUAUUUCAACGGGUCGAUUGCGCAGUUCUACAAUGACCUGCACGUAUACAACAUCAACCGUGAUGAGUGGCGCUGUGUGACUUCCCCCAACGCACCACUGCCGCGAUCUGGUCAUGCCUGGACCAGAGCCUCGAAUCCAAACUAUGUGUAUCUUUUCGGAGGAGAGUUUUCAUCGCCAAAGCAGGGCACUUUCCACCAUUAUUCCGACUUCUGGAGGCUGGAGCCUGCGACAAGGGAAUGGACCAAGAUCGAGGUCAAGGGCAAGGAUAAGAGUCCGCCAGCGCGAAGUGGCCACCGGAUGACUUAUUGGAAGCAGUACAUUAUCUUGUUUGGCGGUUUCCAGGACACAUCAAACCAGACCAAGUAUCUGGCUGACUUGUGGAUAUUCGACACUGUCAAUUAUGUCUGGCAUUGCCCCGUUCUUCCACCCGCCCAGCUCAAGCCCGACGCCCGUUCUUCCUUUACCUUCCUGCCCUCUGAGCAAGGAGCUUCUCUUUUUGGAGGUUACUCGAGGGUCAAGGCCACAGUGCAGCUGAAGAAGCAGAAAAAGGGCAAUCAGCCGCAAGGCCAAAAGAACGUCCUCAUUCCCAAGGUCCACGAAGAUUGCUUCUUCCUUAGGAUGUCUCUCCCCCCAACCGACGCGAAUGCGAAUGCACCACCUGCUGUUAGAUGGGAAAAGCGAAAGAAGCCAGCAAACGCACCCAGCCCUGUUCGUGCUGGCGCUACAAUGGCAUAUCACAAGGGCCGUGGCAUCCUUUUUGGCGGCGUUCACGACGUUGAGCAAAGCGAAGAGGGCAUGGACAGCGAGUUUUUCAACCAGCUCUUCGCGUGGAAUAUCGAGAGAAACAGAUUCAUGCCCCUUGUUUCACGUAAGCCACGCCAACAGAAGAAGAAUGCACCAGAGCAGCGAGUUGGCAGACGUGGCCGUGCCCAGGCAAACGAGGAGGAGCUCCUAAAACAGCUGGCAGCACUGCAAGCUGGAACCUCGUUGGAGGACAUUGACGAUAUCGAGCUUGACAAGAUGCUCGGUGAACCUGAAGAGGAGGAAAAGCCUACUAGGGAGAUGCCUGUGUCCAUGGAGCCGCCGCACAUGCGCUUCAACGCCCAGCUGACGGUUCAAAACGACGUGCUCUUCAUUUACGGUGGUACUUAUGAAAAGGGGGACCGGGAGUUUACAUUCGACGAUCUUUAUGCCAUCGAUCUAGUGAAACUGGGUGGAUACAAGGAGAUCUUUAACAAGCCCGUCGAAGACUGGAUUGAGUCUGAGGAUGAGGAUGAGGACGACGAGGACGAGGAAGACGAAGAUGAAGAGGAGGAUGAAGAUGAUGAAGACGAUCAGGAUGAACCAGAGCAGCAGAUCCGCUCAGAGAGCAAGCGCAAGAAGAAGCAAGACGAAGUAUCCGAGGUGUCAUCCGAGGCACCUACGCCGUCAAUUACGUCGGAAGAAGAAGAAACCGAAACAACCGCCACAUCGGUCGACGAUGGCCUACCACAUCCAAGACCCUUCGAGUCUCGCCGCGAAUUCUUCGUCCGCACUUCCGCAGAGUGGCAAGAGAUCCUCAUGACCAACCUCCGCUGGAAGAACAUCCAGCCGGAGACGCUCGCCGUCAAGGAGAUCAAGGCCAAGGCGUUUGAGCUCAGCGAGGAGAAGUGGUGGGACUGCCGCGAGGAAAUCACGGCGUUGGAGGAGGAGCAGGAGGCGGCGGGCAUUCAAGAGGUGGUCAGUCUUGCAGAGAGGGGAGACGGCGGUGCUGUUGGGGGUGCAAGGAGGAGGUGA